CUGUAAUCUUUUCCGUUCUCUACAGUCUACACCUUCCAUGGCGAUUUGAGGAGAUGGGCGAUGGCUGAGCGAUCGUGGUUGGCGACGGUCAUGCUGGCGAUGGCGGCGCGGCCAAGUUAGGCGUGAGGCCGAGGAUGCUCCGGCCCUUCCUCCCCAAGUCGCCGCCUCCCUCCUCCUCCGCCGCCGCCGCGUCGCCGGAACCUCCGUCCCUCCUCUCCCUGCUCCGCCGGUGCGGCGACCUCAAGCGCCUCCGCGGGACCCACGGGUUCAUGGUCCCGAGGGGCCUCGACCGGGACAACGUCCACCUCGGCCACUUCAUCGGCCGCUGCUUCUCUCUGGGCCUCUCCGAUUACGCGAUGGCGGUCUUCGCCCGCAGCGCCCGCCCCGACGUGUACCUCUACAACGCCGUGAUCCGGGCCCUCCCCGACGCGGGCUCCGCCGAGAUGGCCGUCCGUCUGUUCGGCGGGAUUCGGGCCUCGGGUCUGCGGCCCGACUCCUACUCCCUUCCCUUCGCGUUGAGAGCUGCGGUUCGGCUGUCCGCGGUCGGAGUAGGGAGGCAGAUUCACGGCCAGAGCGUGGGGAUCGGGCUGGACUCGGAUGCUCACGUGGCCACGGCCCUCGUUCGGAUGUACUGCUCGGGCGGGUGCAUUUCCGAUGCGCGGAAGGUGUUCGAUGGAUUGAGUUCCGGGAGUGCCGCGCUGUGGAACGCGAUGAUCGCUGGCUAUGCCAAGGCUGGCUGUUUGGAGAGUGCCCGGGAGUUGUUCGAGCGAAUGCCUGAGAGGAAUUUGAUUACUUGGACUGCUGUGAUCGGAGGAUAUGCUCAGUGGAAUAGGCCAGGCGAGGCGAUUGAAGUCUUUAAGAGAAUGUUGCUCGAGGGCAUAGAGCCGGAUGAAGUCUCGAUGUUGGCAGUGCUGUCUGCUUGCGCGCAGCUGGGUGCACUUGCACUUGGUGAAUGGAUCGAUAGCUACAUCGACCGACAUGGGCUAAAUCGAACUGUGCAGCUUAACAAUGCACUUAUAGACACGUUCGCGAAAUCAGGCAACAUCAGGAAGGCUCGUCAAGUCUUUGAAGGCAUGAUGGAGAGGACUGUAGUGAGUUGGACGACUAUGAUCGCAGGGCUGGCCGUACAUGGCAUGGGAAGAGAAGCCCUGGAAAUGUUCUCCGGGAUGGAAAGGACUAAAGUUAAGCCCAAUGAGAUCACUUUCACGGCAGUACUCUCCGCUUGUAGCCACAGCGGGAUGGUCAAGCUGGGUCAAGGGUUCUUUACCGUGAUGCACUUGAGGUACGGGAUUGACCCAAAGAUCGAGCAGUACGGCUGCAUGGUCGAUUUACUUGGACGGGGUGGUUAUUUACAAGAGGCAGAGCAGCUGGUUAAGAGCAUGCCCUUUGAAGCGAAUGCUGCCAUAUGGGGAUCGCUUCUUGCUGCUUCUAAUGUCUAUGGCGAUCCUGAUCUUGGAGAGCAGGCUCUGCAGCAUUUGAUGCGCUUGGAGCCUGAGAACAGUGGUAACUUUUCACUUCUAUCUAACACAUACGCUGGUCUGGGAAGAUGGAACGAAUCUGGGUCGAUAAGGAAGGCGAUGAGGGCCCUAGGCACUGAGAAGAUGCCUGGUAAGAGUUCCAUAGAACUGAACAACAAAGUUCAUGAGUUUGCAGCAGAAGACUUGUCCAACCAUCCGGCAGAUGUGAUUAAUGAAGUACUGUGCACGAUAGACGGACAAAUGAGGGCAGAGGGAGGUCCAGAUGAGUUCACGUGAUUUGCUGCCUCAAAGUCAUUAAAGGUGCUGCUGAAUUGACAGUUCUAAGCCGCGAAAUCAGUGAUCACUCCCGAUAGCUAUGCUCAAGCUCGACAAGUUGAGGCUGCUGUUGGAGUUUGACUGCAAUGUAGUCAUUCUUGCUGCGUCUGCUGGACGGGGUGAUAAUUCGUGGAAAUCCAUAAUGUUCAGUUGGCAUAUAGGAUAACAUUAGGGAAGAAGGACAUCUCCAUGGCGAUUCAUAUCAGCCGAAUGGCUAAGUGCGGCUAAAGGCGGGUACUUUCCACGCUUGAGGAGCUGGUGGUGCAAACUUAAACUUGGAAUCAGUCUGAGCAACUUGACUUGGAAUCAAUCUGGCUCAGAUUUACGGCACUCUUCCAUGUCUAAAACAGCAGAAGUCCAGUCAAACUGAAAAUUGUUUGGUUUGUUGGUCAUCGCAUGGGGAAACUAGUCUCACAUUAGCUUUCGCUCUGCAGCAUUCUCUCAUGAGGAAGCAUAUACUUAUGUACUGGCUAAGAAGUCUGCUGCGAACGGGCUUUUGAGACAAUAACAUGGCAAGUAGUAUACACACCAAUACAAAUAGUCCCCAAAUGACUCACAAGCAUAUGUUACCUUGUAGUUGUUUUAGUGCCAUAUUUCUUCACGUUGGAUUUAUUUUUUCAGCAAGAAAGUUGAAGGUAAUUAGCUUAUCCAAGAUAGCUUUAAGUUUUUUUUUUUUCCACUUAAAGCAAAAACAAAAGGUAUUUUUGUACUUCCAGUCGAAUUUAUAAUAUUAUUCGUAUUUCACAAAAUUAUGUAAAAUAUACAUGAGAAUAGUAGAAGUUUCCAGCAGUUUUGGAUUUGGAAAGAUCAAAGCGUUAAAAUUUAGAUCAAUGCAAAAAAUGAAAAUCAAUCUGGACAUAUUGAGAUGGUUCUUUCAUCUACAGGCCCUCAAAUACUCAUUUAUGAUUCCUGAAAUAGAGUUUAAGUGAUCCGAAGGGUACAAAACGACCAAACUAAUUAAAAUGGCAGAUACAACCAUUUAACGAAUAUAGGCAGGACAGGCAAUCACAAAUAUUAACCUAGUGGGCACCUUUCAUUAAACAUCCAGCGGCCACAUUGCCAAGACAAAAGACUGGAACUGAGAACUCACGACUCUUUAGGCGCCUCAAAUCUUGUUGGAGUUUGAAUGCCCGCCAUGCAACAGAGGCCGGAUAUUAAGAUUAUAAGCAACACAAGCCC